AUGGGGUUUCUUGCCGCUGCAGGGAGCCGGCAGGUCCGGCUGGAGAAUACGACUGGGCGCUGUGCAGGAAGAGUGGAGAUCUACUACCAGGGCAGCUGGGGGACCAUCUGCGAUGAUGGCUGGGACCUGUCUGAUGCCGCAGUCGUUUGCCACCAGCUGGGCUGCGGAGGGGCAGUGGAGGCGGUUGGCUCUGCUAAGUUCGGGGAAGGCUCUGGUCAGAUCUGGCUGGACGGUGUGAACUGCUCCGGGGCCGAAGCUACCCUCUGGGACUGCCCAGCAGGGUCCUGGGGGCAGCACGACUGUGGGCACAAAGAGGACGCAGGAGUCGUCUGCUCAGAGUUUGUGGCCCUGAGGUUGGAGAACAGCAGCAGCUGCUCCGGGCGCCUGCAGGUUUUCUACAACGGGACGUGGGGGAGCGUUUGCUCCAACUCAAUGACUCCCGAAACUUGGUCGCUGGCAUGCAAAGAGUUGGGCUGCGGGGAUGGAGGGUACCUGCAUACACCCCCGCUCUACCACAACUUCUCUGGUCCCACCUGGUUGGAUCGUGUGGAGUGUGGGGAGAGAAACAGCUCCUUCUGGCAAUGUCCCUCCGCUCCCUGGCACCCGCAGUCAUGCGAUGACCUGCGAGAUGAGACCCACAUCACCUGCAAUGACAGGGAGAAGAUUCGUGCCGUGGGAGGCGAGAACAGCUGCUCAGGCAGAGUGGAGAUCUGGUACCGCGGCUCCUGGGGGACGGUGUGCGACGACUCCUGGGACAUGCGGGAUGCCGAGGUGGCAUGCAGGCAGCUGGGCUGUGGCCCCGCAGUGUCUGCUCUGAAUGAGGCUGCAUUUGGGGAGGGGACAGGCCCCAUCUGGCUGGAGCAGGUGGAGUGCCGGGGGACAGAGCCGUCUCUGCAGGACUGCUGGGCUCGGCCUGGGGACAGUGGUGCCUGCCGGCAUAAGGAGGAUGCUGCUGUGAACUGCUCAGAUCCCACGCGGGGCCGUCCGACCGGCAGCAGGAGUGUCUCAUUGCCCGUCAUCAUCUGCAUCAUCCUGGGAGCCCUUCUCUGCCUGCUCCUGGCCCUCCUGGCAGGGCAAGUGCGAAGCGCCAGGGCUGGGCGCAGAGGCUCCGAGAGAGCUUGGGAGCCCUUCCCUGAGGCCGUCUAUGAGGAGAUUGGUUACAGCCCAGCUUUGGAGAAGCAGGCAAGGUUCAGCAGCUCAGGCUCCUAUUCAGAGGGGUCCCUGACCAAGCUGCAGCCCUACCCUGUGGACAGCAAGGAGGAGGAUGGUCCAGGGUCAGCACCAGACAUCCCUGUCCUGGCCGGAGGUGACCCAGUGGAUGGCUACGAUGAUGCCAGGGAGGCUUCUGACCCUGGGGAGGAUCCUGCCCCUGGGCAGGGAGACUGGGAAAUGCCCAGGGCACCAGAGGAGGGAGCAGGGCCCAGGGAUGCACCUGGAGAUGUGCUGCCACCUCACACACACCCAGGGCCGGUGGCUCAUCUCCCCGAGGAGGAGGAGGAGGAGGCAAACCUCUGCCAGGUUCCAGAGUAA